AUGAAGGGCGGCUUGCAACCGCCAGCCCCCAGCAGGCUGCCGGCGACCUCCGGGCGGCAGCGCCCGAUUUACGGCUGGCUGGCAGGCUUUGUGGCUGGUGCGCUGGCCAUGUGGCUUGUCAGCAGCCAGACAGCUGCGUUGCACACAUUUGGGGGACAGCAUAGCAGCUUUCUGAUCGGCCCGCGCGGUGCUAGCGGCAGCGGCAACCUCAGCAGCGGCGGCAGCACGGCCCGCUCCAGCUGGCGCUGGAUCAGUGCCACCGAAAACGACCCCGAACAGGUCAACGGGGUGAGCCGCAACUUUCAGACAGCGGCAGCCCAGUCCAUGCUGCCCGCGCUGCAGCAGCGCCUGGCGCAGGCAGCCCUGGAGCAGCGGUGGCGGCUGGACCUGCCGCCGCGCGGGGCGCCGGCGGGCGCACCCCCUGCCGAUGACCCCCUGCGCAUCCCCCGCAUCCUGCACCACGUCUACCUGCCAGACCUGGGAGCCUACCUGCGCCUGGCAGAGAACCUGACCAGCCACACGCGGCAGCGCUGGGGCCAGUCCUGCGUGCAGCAGCACCCGGGCUGGGACUAUGUGUUCUGGGACCUGCAGGCCGCCACGCAGCUGGUGGAGACGCACUACCCCGGCUUUGCGGAGAUGUGGUGCGGCAUCAACAGCACCAUCAACCAGGCCAACGCCAUCCGCUACUUCAUCCUGCACGCUGUGGGCGGGCUGUACCUGGAUCUGGACGUCGAGUGCUGGCGCGGCAGCGAGGCGUGGCUGUCCGGCGCAGACGUGGUGCUGCAGGGUACCGGCAAGGGCGUCACCAACGGCGUGCUGGCGGGCGUGCCUGGGCACCCCCUCUGGGAGGCAGCCAUCCAGAGGGUCUACACCAACUGGAGGAGGAGCCCCAAGAUGACCAGCGGGAUGCAGCACACCCUCACAGGCCCCACAAUGAUGAAGGAGACGCUGCUGUCCCUGGGUCCCAAGCCCAACACGACCCAGACAAACCCGUGGGUUGGGCGGCACGCACUGGCCAGCGGCACCGUCGUCGUGCAGCCAUUGGGUGGCUGGUUCAUGCCCUGCCUGCACUCCGACAUCGCCUGCCACCUGCAGGCCGUGAAGAACCGAGCGCUGGGCACCGCGCCCCUGGCUGACCUGGCAGGCUACCAUCGGUACAGCGCCAGCUGGACGUCGCUGGGCAACUCUGCCGGCAUCUUCAACAUGCAGGGCUUGCAGGCAGCGAUGUGUGCUGCCCCGCGGGCCCGGCCAGGCUGGCAGCAGCCAGCAGCGCAGCAGGCGGGGACGGAUGCAGGCGCGAGCCAACUGCCAGCAGGGAAGCUGUCAGCCGCCACGCCGAGCAGCAGCAGCAGCAGCAGCAGCAGCAGCAGCAUGGCCAAGGUGCUGCUGCCCAUCAAGGCCCGGGCAGACAUCGGCGCGGUCCUGGAGCGGGAGGGCCUGCAGACGGGGGCGGAGCUGGGUGUGCAGGCUGGCUUCUUUGCUGACCAGACGCUCAAGGUGUGGAAGAGCUGCACCAAGUACUAUUUGGAGAACUACAACGAUGUGGCCAACGUGGAUGCCGCGGAGCAGGAGAAGAAGUACCAGGCCACACGCCAGCGCCUGGCGCCCUACAGCGACAGGACCGUGUUCAUCCGCAACUACACCACCCACGCGGCCACCCAGAUCCCCGACAACUCCCUUGACUAUGUGUAUGUGGACGCCAGGCACGAUUACUGCGGCGUGCACGAGGACUUGGCGGCCUACUGGCCCAAGCUGCGGUCGGGAGGCAUCCUGGCGGGCCACGACUACCUGGAUGCGCCAGAGGUGGCGGCCAAGCCCAGCCCACGCAAGCAAGACUGGUCACUGUGCAUGGAUGGCAGCCGGCACCAGGGCGCGGUGAAGGGCGCUGUCAAUGAGUUUGCCCAGCAGCACGGCCUCACGCUGCUGGUGACCUACAACGAGCCCAACUUUCCCUCGUGGAUGGCCAGGAAGCCGUGA